UAUUUCCUCUUUGGAGAAGUCUUACAAAAAUCCAGAGCUCCUCUGUCUGAGAGAGACAAACAGAAGGAAAGAGACGCACAGACAGACAGAGGGGGGAGUGGAGAGAAGAGUUGUUUCAAGUGGAAAAUAAUGAGAUUGCAGCAAAGGAAAAACAAAGACAAACAACAACCCCUCUCUCAGCUGCCUGUCCACUCUUCUCCUGCCAUGAAUUUGCCAUCCCAGAAGUUGCUGUGAGGGCCUGACAAGGACGUACAGCAGAGAAGAGAGACAGGCGGAGGAGGGAGAAAAGCAGCAAACCUUGGCUGAAGUGAGGAAAAGGCAGUUGUGUGGGAGAGCAGAGGCGAAGAGACAGCAACGAAAGGUGGGGGAGUGGAGGAGUGUGGCGCCCCGUUCUUCCAAGCAAAGUGAGAGGGGAAACAGGAAAAUAAAAAGGAGAGAGGAGUGAUAAAGAAUAGGGGAAGGAGGGUGAAGAGACGGCUGGACAUGGGGCUUUGUGCUGUUCUCCUCAUCUGUCUCUCCCAGGCUGAGCUGGGCAGAGUCUGGGCUCAGGAGCAUGAAGAUGCACGGAGUGGGACUGCUCUGCGGACAGAUGGGGACCCGUCCAGUUUGCACAGAACUAGUAGAGGCCAGCAAACCUCCCACAAACACAGAGAAGUCCGCAACACAGUUGAUAUCUCUACCCUGCCGGACAACAUGACCCGCACAGUGGAGGACUCCCAGAGGUACUACAGAUGGCAGAGUUUUGGUCCAAAAGACAGGCGGACUGAAACCUUGUGGGUAGAUCUGAACAACCUGGAGAAAAGCCAAGUCAGAAUCCACGGGAUCCUGUCCAACGCGCACCGGCAGGCGGCGAGGGUGGCUCUCUCCUUUGAUUUCCCUUUUUAUGGACACUAUGUCAGACAAAUCAUCGUAGCAACUGGAGGUUUCAUCUACAUGGGGGAGAUCACUCAUCGAAUGCUCACUGCUACACAGUACGUCGCUCCACUCAUGGCCAACUUUGACCCCAGCUUCUCAACGAACUCAACAGUGAGGUACUCGGACAAUGGGAAUCUAUUUGCGGUGCAGUGGGACAACGUUCGUCUAAAGGACCGAGAGGCCGAAGGACCUUUCACUUUCCAGACAACCCUCCACAAAAAUGGAACCAUCGUUUUUAACUACAGAGAUAUCCCCUUACCAGUGGAGAAAAUGAAUUCCACUGAGCAUCCAGUGAAAGUCGGACUGUCUGACGCUUUCAUGGCAUUCCUCCCCGCCGCAACAAUCACAGAGGCAAAGCGGCGCACUAUCUACGAAUAUCACCGUGUUGAGAUCGACACCACAAAGAUUGUUAGCAGAUCUGCUUUCGAGUUCACGCCUCUCCCCACUUGUCUUCAGCACACAUCCUGUGAUCUCUGUCUAACGUCCAACUUGACAACCGGCUGUGGCUGGUGCAACACGCUUCAGCGAUGUUCUGACGGCAUCGACCGGCACAGACAAGAGUGGUUGGAUUACAACUGCCCUGAAGAGGCUAAAGGCUCAUGUGAGGACUACAACCCAGUGCUACCUGAGGGCUCCAUGAGCUCCUUCAACCAAUCAUCUCCAAGUCCAACAUUUUCCUCAGCGGUGCUUGAAGAGCAGCCCGUCACUAGGGGCUUCCUUUCAGAUUUACAGACGGGCCCUCCAAACCACAGCGGGAUAACGGAGAACACAGCCAUCAUAGCAGGUGUAGUGGCCGCACUAGCGCUGCUUGUGGCUCUGACCUUGUUGGCCGUUUACUACAUCAACACACACCCCACAGUUGCUCCACCGUUCUACCUCAUGCAGCGACGUACCAACAACUACUGGCCCUCUAUGAAGUUCCGAAACCAGGGUUGUCACUCCAGUUACGCUGAAGUCGAGCUUGGGGGUCACGAAAAGGAAGGUUUUGUUGAAGCUGAGCAGUGCUGCUAAGCUUUUCUGGACACGCAGGCUUCAGUCUGAAGAAGAAGGGACGCCAUCUUGAGGGAUGUAACGGCACUACGAGAGGAUGGACAUUCAGGCAGACCACCGACACGAGAUGUCCUUACUCCAACCUUUGCGGCUGGACAGUGUUUACUGUAACUGCUCUUGUAGCUCUUUCCAGCUUUCUCUGUGUCUUUUGCUGUUCGCCAUCACACGGGAUUUGCCAUAUUAUCCAAGGGUUGGAGGGUCUGAGAAGAAGCCGGCUGCGCAGGAAUGAUGAGAUGCAAAUGUUCUAACUGUCCAUCAAUGCAAGGGGAUGUCAGGGAAUGACUCAAACUAGCCUUCAUACUGCAAACCAAUGUACAGCUCAAUCCAUGUAUGUGUUUUUGUUUUUAUCCAUUUUCUUUUUGUUUCACGAAACUUCUACGCGAGCAACGAUUGGUUCAUAAAAUGUUAUACCUAUGUGGACUUCACUAUGACACAUAUUUAGCUAUAUAACUGAUAGUGAUUAUAAUGAUCAUCUUCUCUGGAGAAAUAUUGUUUGGAUGUACUUUAGAGACAUCAAGUUAUGAGAGCUUUACUUGAGCCUUUCUGUUUAAAUGUCUUCUAAUAAAAGCUGGUGGUGAGUGUU